AUGCGGUUCUCCAAGUUGCUUCUUGCAAUCUCGGCCCCUGUCGGCCUUCUCGCGAGAGAACCCUCCGACCAACUCUCACCGGGCGAACUUGCCGCGCUUCUAGAAAAACAUGACUUGGCAAUUGUUCCAAAGUCGGAGCUCACCGACGCGCUGACCGAACUCAAUGCCCUUCUCAAGAGCCAGCGCGUGCAGCCGCGUCUUUUCGCACCGAAGUUCGCGAGGCAAAACACCACCACAACGGCCUCAGAGUCUGGUUCCGGCUCCGGUGAUUCCAUCUCCGCCGACGACUUCCUCGGCCUCGGGGAUUUUGGAGAUGUGUUAAAGGGUCUCUUCAAACCCCUUGAAGACCUCACUGGACUUCUAAAAGCCCUUGAAAGCCUGCUCACAGCCGAGUUUCUCGAAGGCUUCCACGAUGCGAUGGUCUACCUCGCCGAGACUCUGCAGCCGCCCGCGCCAGCCCUGAUACGGAACCUUUUGAAAAAGGGCGGACCGCUCAUUGACAUGCUCGGUGAAAUCGACCUCAAGGGCCUAUUGGACCAACUCAAGGGUGUCGACCUCGAAAGCCUGGUCGGCGCGGCGUUGAAGCUCCUGUCCGAAAAGAACAUCAACAACAUCGAGUCCCUGGUAACAAACGGCGCGGCUCUUCUUACUCCUUCGUUCGUCAACCAGACAGCGACGCUUAUCGGAGAUGUUUCACCACUGUUGAGUCAGCUGAGCCCGUUGCUAGAGCAGCUCACCAAGCUGGACCUCGAGGGCCUUCUCGAUGCGGUGGCUCCUCUUCUCGCCCCGGAGUCCAUCCAAGGUAUCGUCAAGUUGUUGGACAACGCCGAGGCUUUGCUCACGCCCCAGUUCGUGAAGCAAGUUGGUGGUCUUUUAGGGUCUGUUGGACCCCUGCUUGAGAAGGUCCAGCCCCUGCUCGACAAGCUCGCGGAUUUGGAUUUGGAAGGCAUCUUGGAUGCAAUUGCGCCUCUUCUCACGCCGAAGUCUGUGCAGGGCAUCGCGACGCUGCUGAAGAACGCCGAGGCUUUACUGACGGCUGAGUUUGUUAAAAGCAUUGGAGGUCUUUUGGAGUCAGUUGGCCCACUCCUCGAGAAGGUCACGCCGUUGCUUGAUAAACUUGCGGGUGUGGACCUUGAAGGCAUUUUGGACGCCGCUGCCCCUCUCCUGACACCACAGUCAAUAAAGGGGAUCGUUGGUCUGCUCGACAACGCAGAGAACCUGCUCACGAGCGACUUCGUCGGCGACACAAAGACACUUAUCGGCGACGCGGUCCCGCUGGUCUCGGCGCUUGCAGAGGUCGACCUGGCAGCUCUGAUCAAGCAACUUCAACCGUUGCUCAACGCACUCGGGGAAAUCGAUAUCGCGAAACUGGUCAAACAAAUUUCACCCCUCCUCACACAACUUUCGCCCCUGCUCGAGCAGCUCGGCAAGAUCGACUUGGCCAAACUUGUCGCUAAGCUGUCGCCGUUGUUGGACAUGCUAGGCGAGCUCGACCUCAAGAACAUCCUCGAUUCGCUCUCACCCCUGCUGACGGCCAAGGGCAUUGGGGGCGUCGUAACGUUGCUCGAUAAUGCCGAGGCCCUCCUCACCGCCAACUUCGUCAACCAAACACACACGCUCAUUGGUGGCGCUGUGCCCCUCAUCAACGCCCUGGACAAAGUCGAUAUUCAAGGAUUGUUUGAGAUCAUUGACCCAUUGCUCAAGGAGCUAGACGGAAUUGACCUCAGCGGCUUGAUCGAUGCAAUCAAACCAAUUCUGGAGGCUCUUAAAAAGAUUGAUGUCAAGGGCAUCGUGGACCAGGCAAUGCCACUGCUUACCCCGGCCAGCAUCAAGGGCGUGAUAGGACUCAUCAACAAUGCCGGCACUCUCCUGAGCAAGACGUUUGUGACGCAAACGUCGGAACUCAUUGAUGAUGCGACACCACUCGUGGCAACGAUUGCCGACCUCGUGCAUGCAAUUUUGAAGGAGUUUGUAGGCAAGCGGGAGGGUUGAUCAGGACGAAACGAGGAACAGCUGGGCGAACUUAUGUAGCAUCCAUUCCGUCCACAAUUGCUGCACAAUUGCUGCACGAUGGAUUGUGGG